AUGAUUAAGCUUUUUAUUUUAUUUACUAUAACUAUUUCUAAUAUCUUUUCUUUACCAAUUCAAUUUAUAACUAAUGAUAAUCUUCCAUUAUUAGAAAUUGGUAAAACAAUUUCAGGAAGUCCUAUUAUAGCCAUAGAACAUGGUGAAAGUAAUCCAAUAAAAGAAGAUUCUGUUAUUGAAAAAGAUUCUGAAAAUGAUCCAAUAAUUAAAUUUUUAAAUGGACCCAAAAAUAAACGUUAA